CGAGUCGCGGUUUCCCUUGGAAUUCAAAACAUUCUCAAUGUUGUUAUGAAAGUUUAGAUGCAUUUUGAAAUUAAUAUUUCGUCCCCGAUCGCUCUUUGAACAAUAGUAUUAUCUUGGUUCAUUCUUCCUCUCCAUCAUUUUGAGAUAUCGGGUUGGUUUUUGGUCGUUACCGUAUAUGGUUUCGCGUUGUUUCUAGAGCUUGAAAACUUCACAGUUCAUCGACCCACGAAGCAAUACUCAUGAAACCACUGUAAAAUCCAGCUGAAUACUUCUUUGUCUUUGUGGGAAAGCCUUGAAAAUGGCGACUGGUUUGUUAUUAGGAACUCCAAGAUAUGUUGCAGAAUUCAUUAUCAAAAACUUUGAUCUGGAUAAUUUUUUCUUCAAACUUCAACCUUCUGUGUUUAAAAAAAAGGUCAAGGACACAUGGAAAUUAGAUAAUAUUGAGGUUACCAAGGUUGAAUCUCUUUUGGAUCGAGGAGGAAGGUUUCCAAUCCCUCCAGCAAAAGAGGGUGUAUUUAUCGCUGUCGGUGGGAAUGAAGAGAAAAUGUACAAUCUUAUAAAGGCUGAUUAUCUGGGUAAUUGUUCAGGACUUAAACCUUCUGUUAAGCAAAAAUUUAAUCCUACGAAUCCUACAGAAUUAUGGGACAUUGAUUGGUGUAAAUUCCGUUUGCUUGACACCCAAGCUCCUGUCCCGACUGGCAAUGCCUCAGUCCCGCCACAAUCCUCGUUUGAUGAUGCCAUUAUUCAGUCACCUUAUUCUCCACCAGAGAUGAAACCAGUGCCGAGAGAUUAUGGGGAUCUUUAUGUCGUGGUUCUUAUUCUACCUGUUAUCAUAAUUAUCAUCAUCGUCAUCAUUCUUGCGAUCAUCAUGUGCUGUUUCCGCCAGGGAAAAGAUAAACGUGAUGCCGCAACUCCACGACCUCAGAAGGACUAUCAUGACUCUAUUUUGCGCACGACAUUCCAGUUGCGUCAGAUGCAGCCAGAGCAAAGUGGACACGAAAAUGGAGGCCAAACACCGAGGCAUGAAAGCCCUACUCAUACUUCUACCCCAUAUGGACGAUCGAAUACUUCGGAUGACGACAGUCCACGCGGUGCCCCACCUCCUUACCGUAUGCCACCACCACCAGCUGUCAACGUGAUCUCAACAAACGGGACAAAUCAGUUUUACCCUGCGAGUCGUUAGAAGGACUUUAUAUUUGUAAGUGUCCUUGGAUUUUUAUCGUUUUUUCCGCUCACGAAAUGAUUUUACGCCCUUGGAUGGGUAGAAGAAUGGAAGGGGGUGACGAGGAAAAAGGAAUGGGAAGGGAAGGGAACAAAAGGAUUAACAUUUAUAAAUUCGUAAGAAACCCUUGAUAAUCUAUUGGUUUAAUUUUCGGGUAGUCUUAGGUUUUGAUAAGGCUUAUCCGAAUUUACAUAGCGAACAGCAAGAGCAUCCGACCGUUCUUGACUUUAGGAUUUGAAGGCAAAGACACAUUCAAAUUACACCUGACACCCUGAAGCAGCCUGGACUGAAAUUUUUAACUUAGGAUAGGGAUAUCUGACAGUGGAAUCCCAUAAGUGGAAAAACGUUUUUCUUUAAAAUCAGAAUUAACACGAUAAAUAAGUUAGAAUUUUUUAAAAAGUUUAAGGUAUUUAUAACUUCUAUUUGUAGUUUUUUUAAAUAAGAAAAAUUCGGUAGAGUUUUAAUAUGGUUAGGUAGUUUUAGUUUUAGCAAAUGAAAAAGAGGGGUUCCCUCGUUAAAAGUGUAUAUCAUGUAUUCUUAGAUGACUGUAGUUAAAAUAUUUAACAUUUUAAAGUGAACUUUAGAACGUUUCUAUUUGUUGUUUUGUUUAAUAAAAUGUACAAAAAUCUAAAA